UUUUUGAACAAUUUCAGUAGAUUUGAAGGACGCCUAACCUGUCAUUUUUGUUAUAAGAGGGUCUUCUUCUAAUACCUUCACGUGUGCAGCAUUGUACAAAAAUACUCAUCAAAAAUAAAGUAUGCCUUCUUGGCACAAAAUUCUCAGUUCGCCUUAAAUUGGCAUUUAAGUCUUGUGAUAUUUAAGUGGAAGUAACCUACAAAACCUAUUCUAGUUAUUUCUCCUUGACUGGUAAUCUAGAUUAAAAAAGAUCAACUCAUUAUCAAGAUGUUAUCCUUACUACGAACGCGUUUACCGAUUACCCAAAUAGUACGUCAUGUCAAGGGAGAAGCAUACAGACAAGUACCAAAGAUAUCAACACAAAUUCGUGGAGGCACCUUAUUCAAUGAUGUAUUUGGGAAAUAUUUGUUUAUAACAAACACAGUCACAUCAGGUGUUCUCAUGGGUCUUGGUGAUUUGGCUCAACAAGAAAUUGAAUACAGAAGACACAUGAUGGCAGAAAGAUAUGAUUGGGCUAGAAUGGUGAGAAUGUUUCUGGUUGGAUUAUCAAUGGGUCCUCUACAUCACUAUUUCUAUAAAUAUUUAGAUAGUUACAUACCAAAGAGAAAUCUCUUCUCUAUAACAAAGAAGAUUCUACUUGAUCAAUUAUUAAUGUCACCUGUAUGCAUUGCUUGGUUCUUCUAUGGAAUGGGAAUUUGUGAGAAUAAAGAUUUACAAGAGUGUACCAAAGAAAUUAACGGCAAAUUUGUCGAAGUGUAUUUAAUCGACUGGAGCGUUUGGCCACCGACACAAUUCAUAAAUUUUUAUUUCUUGCCCGUGCAAUAUCAAGUAUUGUACAUUAAUUUCGUAACAAUGGUGUACAACGUUUUCUUAUCAUACAUCAAACAUAGAGAACAGGCCAUGGAGAACAGGUAUAACUAUUUUAACGACUAUGUACGCGUUGAAUGAAGUCAGAAACGAAAAAAGACAAUAAUUUGUAGUCAAUCUAGUCAACAGUCACAGUAUCAUUGAUUUAUUUUGAUGCUAUCAUUACUAUUUUUGCUUGAUUUUGCAUGAAUCAGACUUUGCUAGUGUAACAACUUAACUUUUUUUACUUUUAUAUUUAUUUGAUUUGAUUAAUUUGUUUUAAUUUAUUUCCACGUUUGUUUUGUUUUAGAAAAGUAUAAACUGCUUGCAAAAAACUAACAUUUGAGAGAGUGAAUCAUUGCAAAAUUGUUCUGUUUGAACUUGCAAACAAUUUGGGACCUGAGCAGUUCAUAACAUGGAAUGCUUUAUCAUGUAUUAUUUCCUGUAUUACCAAUGUAUCAAAAUGCAUAUAAAAUUGUAAAUAUCUCAGAGAUAUUAAACUAUUUAUUGAUUGUACAUGUACUUAAAUGACGUCCAGCACUUAAAAGACGUAUCGUUAGAAAUUGACUUAAUAAAACUUGUACUUAUAAAGUUUUUUUGACCGAAA